AUGGCGGCACCCAAUCCAUACUACAGAGAACCUGACUUCGAGACCCUCCAACUACAUGCUGGCUUCAGCGGCGAUUCCGCAACGAAUGCGGCUGCUGUCCCCAUAUACCAGUCCACAUCGUUCAAAUUCAACAGUGUCGAGCACGCACAGAGACUGAAUGCACUCCAAGAGUUUGGAAACAUUUACUCGCGAGUGGCGAAUCCAACGGUGGUAUGUUGUUUCUCUCGCGCUCUCCUGCGUGUUGCUCAAGUAAAUGCUCUGGAGGACGUAUUGGAAAAACGGGUUGCAGCGCUGGAAGGCGGGAUGGCUGCUGUCGCUACCGCAUCUGGACAAGCUGCAACUGCACUGACGAUUACUUCGCUGGCCGGGGCGGGGGAUAAUAUUGUCGCCUCGGCGCGUUUGUAUGGAGGAACCUAUAAUCAGUUCAAAGUCACGUUCAAGCGUCUUGGGAUUGAAACGAAAUUCGUCAAAUCGGAAGACCCAGCCGACUUUGCUGCUGCCAUCGACGACAAAACCAAAUGUAUCUUCAUCGAAACCAUCUCCAACUCGGAUACCGUUCUGCUUGACAUUGCCGCCCUCUCCAAGGUCGCACACGACAAGGGUAUUCCGCUGGUGGUUGAUAACACCCUUGGCAUGGGUGGCUAUCUGGUUCGGCCAAUUUCGCUUGGUGCAGACAUUAUAGUACACAGCGCAACGAAGUGGAUUGGCGGUCAUGGCACAACUAUGGCUGGUGUUAUCGUUGACUCAGGCCGUUUUGACUGGCGUAACUCUGACAAGUUCCCGAAUCUAACGGGUCCUUCUCCUGCGUACGGAGGUGCAUCCCUUGGCACGAUAUUCUACCCAUUUGGCUUUGCCAUUCAAGUCCGCAUCGAGAGUUUGCGUGAUUUUGGCCCGUGUCUGAGCGCUCAGGCUGCUUUCAAUGUGCUUCAAGGCAUCGAGACACUUAGUUUGCGGGCCCAACGCCAUUGUGACAAUGCUCUUGCCCUUGCCAAAUGGCUCGAGGGUCAUCCUAAAGUUACCUCUGUAACAUACCUCGGACUGCCGUCUCACCCGUCUCAUCAACUAGCCCAAAGCACAUUGCGCUCGGGAGCGUUUGGCGGCAUGCUCACCUUCCGUGUCGAAGGCGGGUUUGAAAAAGUCAAGAAAAUCAUCGACAACCUUAAGCUAGCGUCACACCUUGCCAACCUUGGAGACACGAAGACGCUCGUCAUCGCGCCCUUCGUGACUAUUCAGUCGCAGCUUUCGCCAGAGGAGCGUGAAUUAACAGGAAUCACUGAGGACACCAUCAGGUUCUCCGUCGGUAUCGAGAGUGCUGCGGAUAUCAUCGCUGAUGUGGAGGGUGCAUUCAAAGUGGCCUACGAUGAGUAG